GCAUGCUCUCAAACAUGAAUAUGGCGGACUCCAUGGAACCACCGGCAACGACGAGCCCGGCGCCGGCCGCCAUGGCCAUCAAGCGCAUCCGUCAGGCUUGCACGACCUGCCGCCAGAAGAAGGUCAAAUGCUCCGGCGAUCGGCCGCGAUGCGUCAACUGCCGACGGGCCAUGCAGCGGUGUCAGUACGAGCCCUACUCGGUAGCCUCUGCCUCCCUCUCACGGAACUCUGCGGCGGCGCUCCUGGGCCUUACCAACGAUCCCGACCUCUUACAGAGAAUAUCCAUGAUUGAAGACAAGCUAGCGCAGCUCGACGAACGCAACCCGACCGACCCCAGAAACGUGGUUGAGGACGCAAACAUGCACUGGGAGGACGGACCGGCUCUUCCGUCGAACCAGAGCGAAAACCUGUCUGCCGUUCUGAAUCUCGACAACGGAGACUCUCCCGACUCAUCUGAAGCCUGGCGCUCUUCAACCUCUCAGAAGAAUCUCAUAAACUUCAACACCAUCCCCCCAGAUCCAGUGACGCAAUCGCUCGUCGACACCUUCUUCAAGUGCGUCCACAACCAACCGUACUCGUACUUCCACGAGGAGAGCUUCCGCCACAAGCUGGCCGCCGGCCAACUGGCGAGGUGCGUCGUCCUCGCCGUUUUGGCUUCCUCCCUGCGCUUCUCCGGCCACGCCUACUACCAAGGCGCAACCAGCGAGGCAAUCCAGGCUUACGCCCGGGAGGCCUGGCUGUCCGUCCUGAACGAUCACAUGGCCGUAGAAGAUACGCCCGGUCUCGAGGUCGCGCAAGCCACGAACAUCCUCGCAAUCAUCGACUUCACCUACGGUCGAACCAGUUCCGCAUGGCUGAAAAUAGGCCUCGCCGUCCGGGUAGCCCAAGACCUCCAACUCAUGAAGGAGCCGAGCGAGUCGCUGCCCCCCGUGGAGCAGGAGGAGAGGAGGCGAUGUUUCUGGUCCGUCUACCUACUUGACAAGCUCGUGUCCCUCGGUCGGGACCGGAACCUCGCCAUCCUAGACGAGAGCUGCCACGUACAGUUGCCAUGUGACGAGCCAACGUUCCGCUCUGGCUGCUACGGCCGCAGCGAGCCCGUAACGCUGCACCAGCUGCUCGACUGGAAGACGGAUGACUCUGUCGUCCGGGACGGCUUCCCGCUGGCAAUGAUGGCCGGUGCCAUCCUGGGCCGGUGCACCCGGACCCUCUUCCAGGACCUCGGAGCCGAGGCGACGCCGCUGUGGGACUCGCGAUCCGAGUUCGCAUCUAUAGUCUCUCUGCUCCUCCUCUUCGAGUCCCGUCUCCAGCUGGACGGUCACCCCAUCGAACAAGUAGUAGCCGCGAACCGGGUCGGCACAGGAGCCGUGGACCACCAGGUCGUUGGCCAUGUCGUUUUCGCACGCACAGUCUUCCACUCUUGCUUCUGUCUGUUGUACCAUCCCUUCCUUCUGCAUAAACAGUUGCAGAAACUCGACUGCCGGCCGCCCCCGAGCUUCCUUCAACUCGCCUCCCGGACAAGCUACGAGCACGCUCGGAGCCUCGUCAGCAUGUUGCAUGACGCCGAGGCUGCGGGUUGUCACCUCGGCGCCUCUUUCUUCGCGUACUCGGCAUGCCUGGCCGGAAGCACUCUCUCGCUCCACAUGCACGCCGAGGAGCGCACCGGUGGCGAGCGUUCCGCCGAGAUGUUGGGCGCCACUCAGGAGAGCAUCACGAUGCUUGACAAGAUGGGUCGGUUCUGGGACCACGCGUCCAAGAUGCACCAUCAGCUGGUGUCCUUCAAUGCCAACGCCCACCUUCUCACCUCCCUGCUCGAGCCACCACCGCAAGCAGCGUCGAGUAUUGGCCCUGAGUGGGAGGCGGUGCUGUGGGCCAUGGUCGAUUACGGCGCAAUGUGUCGCGAAUCAACCUUGGCCAUCCCCGGUCCGACGCUGCCCGUAACGUCGGAACCACCGCUGUUCUCGGCCUUUAAUCAAGACACGGACGGAGCGCUUGAAGCGAGUCCCGGUGCGAAUCGAAUGCCAGAUAUUGACGAAGCCCUGAUGAACUUUGACACUCCGAGCAUUACGUAUCUGCUUGAACUGGCGUCUGGAGGGGGCUGAGUUCUGUUCACAAAUCUCCCUGAAUUCAGCUGCCUCGUCAUGUUCUGUGCGUGUUGUCAGGCUGCAGAGUGAUGCUGAUACUGAACGUGCCCGGGCUAUGGAUGCACGUACCGGAUCUGUUCUAGGUGUUCGAUUACAAACUGUACGAGAUAGUAGACGAUGUAGAAGUCAAAGGCUCCACGUGCUCAAGUGAGAUCUUGUUGGCUGGUUUCCAUCAAAUCAGGAUCAGAUCCAUAAUACUUUAAUUAAGAGACACUAAGCAGCGACAUCAAAUAACCACCUCAACCGGGUAAUGCAUUAGCGUGCGGAUCACUAGAAGCGGGUAUGAACAUAGGCAAUCAC